GUUGAUUCCUCGAAGCGGGCAAGUAUUCGGAGGGACUGCGUCUUCGACUGAGACUUUCCGGCGAGAUGGCGAAAACGGCGUCAUUCAUUUUAUCUAUCUUCCUCCUCUUAGGAAGCCUAACUCUCAUCCAGGCGAAGGCGAAGAAGAAUCUGAAAGAAGUGACUCACAAAGUUUACUUCGAUAUUGAAAUUGACGGCAAGCCUGCUGGUCGUAUUGAGAUGGGUCUUUUUGGGAAGGCUGUUCCUAAAACCGUGGAAAACUUCCGGGCAUUAUGCACUGGUGAGAAGGGUGUUGGUCAGAGCGGAAAAUCUCUACACUACAAGGGUAGUGCGUUCCACAGGAUUAUUCCCAGCUUCAUGAUCCAAGGAGGUGACUUUACCCAUGGCGAUGGAAGAGGUGGAGAAUCAAUCUAUGGAGAGAAGUUCGCUGACGAGAAUUUUAAGCUGAAGCAUACUGGUCCAGGGCUUCUGUCUAUGGCAAACGCUGGACCAGACACAAAUGGCUCACAAUUUUUCAUCACUACAGUGACAACUAGCUGGUUGGAUGGUAGACACGUUGUGUUCGGAAAGGUACUGUCUGGAAUGGACGUGGUGUAUAAAGUCGAAGCCGAGGGAAGGCAGGACGGAACUCCCAAGAGCAAAGUUGUGAUUGCAGACAGCGGUGAGCUCCCUCUAUGAUAUUGAUUGACAAGUAGUUUCUUUCCUAUGUGAGCAGUAUCGUAAUGUGCACACUGUCCAGUCCACUCCAGUUUGCUUUUUUUCUUUCUUUUUUUUGUACUGUUUACGGUAGAGUUGGCGCACAACUGACGGAUCCCUUAAUCUAUGGCGGUGGUUUUCCCUCUCUUUAAUAACGUUCGAUGCUCCGAGUUUACUGUUUUUGUUUUUGGUUUUUUUAUAGUCAAUCUCCAUAGCCAUCAUAUGGUAAAUAGAUGAAAAAAUUUUCAGUA